UUCCCCCGUUGGACGUUGACAAACCAAGAGCUCUUCUUUUUUGGCUCUCCCAUUUUAUUUUUCAAUCAGUCCCAGUCCCAGUCCAGCAGCAGCACUCAGGCCCCCGUUCAGCAACACAAUUCCGUUUAGACAUUUCAAUUUUGGUUUCCGGAAGAAAAAAAGGUGAUUUUAAUUUUUAGAUCGGGUGAAACUGGGAAAAGCCGAUCGAGUGUGUCAGGCAAGCGAAAAUUCGAUUGGACAGUGUGUCAUGAGUAGUGCCGAGUCGCCAACGAACCGAAUGCCUCAGCUGGGCCCCCUUAUUCCGCCGCUCAAUUUCUCGUUCAAAAGCGAAUCCAGCAGUAACAACAACAACAACAACGCCAACAUGUCGUCGACUUCGCCGGCCUCCGUUUCGGCUUCUUCCGUCGUCGUUUCCUCGUCGGCCCUGGCCGCCGCCGUCACUAAUCAUCCGCACGUCAAUCUCCAGCAGCAGCAGCAGCCGAAUCCGGCGGCGCUGGAUCAGUACCGCAUCCAGCUCUACAAUUACGCCAUGGCCGAGCGAUUGCGCUUCGCCGGAGUCGGCCAUCCGGCAGCCGCUUUCAUGAACCCUUACGCCGGACAGGUAGCCGCCGCCGCCGCACUCUCCGCCCAGCUGGGCAGCAGAAAUUCCGCCAACAAUUCCGCACCCGCCAACAAUCCAUCAGCUCCAGGUCAACAACAACAGCAACAACACCAAUCCACCGAUUUGAGUUCAUUUUUCUUCACCUACGCGGCGGCCAAGUUCCAGCAACAACAACAGCAACAACAGCAGCAACAACAACAACAGCACUGCGAUCCCCGGCUGUUCCACCAUCACCAGCAAUCGGCCGCCGCUGCCCUGAUGCGCGGAGGUCAUCCGGGCGGAAUGGUGGGCCUGGCGGAAGAGCCUAAACCUCAGCACAGUUACAUCGGCCUGAUCGCCAUGGCCAUCCUGGGCUCGCCGGACAAGAAGCUGGUCCUCAGCGACAUCUACCAGUACAUCCUGGACAAUUACGCUUACUUCCGGUCCAGGGGCCCUGGCUGGCGCAACAGCAUCCGCCACAAUUUGUCGCUCAACGACUGUUUCAUCAAGGCCGGCCGGAGCGCCAACGGCAAGGGCCACUACUGGGCCAUCCAUCCGGCCAACAUCGAGGACUUCACCAAGGGCGAUUUCCGGCGGCGCAAAGCCCAGCGCAAGGUCCGCAAGCACAUGGGACUGGCCGUCGACGAGGAGGACUCACCGACGCCGCCGCCGUCGCCCGUCACGGCCCAUCACGUGGCCGCCUCGCUGGCCGCCGGAUGGGGCCUCCAUCACCACCACCACCAUGGCCACCACCACGGGGUGGAGGCCCUGGGCGGCGGAAUGCAUCCGCAGCAUCACCACCGCAAUCUCAUGAUGGAGCACCACCACUCGGUCCUGAUGAUGGCCGCUGCGGCCGCUGCAUCCGCCGCACCCAUUCCGCACAUGACGUCGCUGUCACCAUCGGCUUCGUCCGACGACGGCCAGCAGCAGGUCGGCAACAAUCACCACCAGCACCGGCAGCAGCAGCAGUCUCAUCCGCCCGGAAUUGUAGGGUCAUCGGCUCCGGCCCGGAAGCGUUUGUUCGACGUGGCCAGUCUGCUGGGCCGGAAUGAUCAUCCGCAACCGACCCGUCACGAGGAACAGCACGUCAUGGCCGGUGAGCGCCAGAGGCAAACGGAUGAAGAGGAGGAACGCAGUUCCGGCGCCGGAAGCAGUCAGAGUCACGAAGAAGAGGAUGCCGGAAGGCGGAACGAUAAUAAGCGGAUCAAGAUCGAGCUGGAUGAAGAUGUGGAUGUGGUGAGCGAAGACUCGGAGGAGGACGAUCACCUCCGCCGGUUGGGCUCGACCAGUCCGCCGCAGACCCACAAUCUUUCCGGCGACGUCGAUCCGGCCAAAUCGUUGGCCUCUAGUCCGGCCGUUCCGUCGUCGCCCAUCGCGGCGGCGGCUGCUGCGGCUGCUGCUGCUGCGGCCGCCGCUGCCGCCGGAUUGUGGCGCUUCCACCAACCGACCAGCAACGGAGGAAGCGGAAUACUCCAGCAGCAGCCGAUAUCCAGCGCCGGAUCGCUGCGGCUUCCGCUGAUUGGGCCUCACCGGCUCAUCAACAACAACGGCCACCAUUUCAGCCACCACCAGCAGCAGGCGGCGGCCUACCUGCACCAGCAGCAGCUCUCGUCCGGCAGCACUCCGCUCAAUCAUUCCGUGCCUUCCGGCAUGGAGCAGUUGACCAAAUAUUACGAGCAAGUGGCCGAGGUGAUGCGGAUCAACUGCCUGCAGCAGCAGCAGCAACAACAACAAUUGCAACAACUCCAACAGCAACGCGAUUCGACCUCGUCGGCAGCCGGACCCAAAAAUUCCGCCGCCAGUUUGACGGCCAAACAUUAAGAAGA